CUGACAUAAGAGCCCUACCGAGGACGCUAAGUCCAGAAGGGUUAGUGGACUUAGUCAGCCGCCCACACAGGGAAAUCUCGCUACACCACCAAAAAAAUCCCACGAAGAACGAAUCCCCGACGACCUGAACCUCCUCGACCUGUCGACAAACCGCGCCCUCCGUCUUGACCGCGCAGACCCGUCAAGAUGAAGCUCAACAUCUCCUACCCGGCCAAUGGGUCUCAGAAGAUCAUCGAGGUUGACGAUGAGCGCAAGCUCCGUCCCUUCAUGGAGAAGCGCAUGGGAACCGAAGUUGCCGGCGACUCUCUCGGUGACGAGUUCAAGGGUUACAUCCUCAAGAUCACCGGUGGUAACGACAAGCAAGGUUUCCCCAUGAAGCAGGGUGUUCUCCUCCCCACCCGUACCCGCCUCCUCCUUGCCGAUGGCCACAGCUGCUACCGCCCCCGCCGCACUGGUGAGCGCAAGCGCAAGUCCGUCCGUGGUGCCAUCACCGGUCAGGACCUCUCUGUUCUUGCCCUGAGCAUCGUCAAGCAGGGUGAGGGUGAGCUCCCCGGUCUCACCGACACCGUUGUCCCCAAGAGACUCGGCCCCAAGCGUGCCACCAAGAUCCGCCGCUUCUUCGGUCUCGACAAGAAGGACGACGUCCGCAAGUUCGUCAUCCGUCGUACCGUCACCCGUGAGGGCAAGCCCGACUACACCAAGGCCCCCAAGAUCCAGCGUCUGGUUACUCCCCAGCGUCUCCAGCGCAAGCGCCAGCGCAUUGCCCUCAAGCGCCGUCGUGCUGAGGCUGCCCGCGAGGCUGCUAACGACUACGCCAAGCUCCUUGCCAGCCGUGUCCACGAGGAGAAGGCCAAGCGUGAUGAGCUCCGCAAGCGGAGAGCGUCUUCGAUGAGGAAGUAAAUGUGUUUGUCCGGGGGUUAAUGGUCGGGUUACGUCUCUGUUCUAGCUAAGGGAAAAGGGUAUUAUAGAAGAAUCUCAAGCAAAUGGGAAGGGGGAUUUAUUUUAUAUCUACCCAUUUUCUCUUUUCCUACUUCGAGUUCCGAAGCAGAGCGACCCAAGAACAAAAGCUCCUUGUCGGGGGAGAGAGAGAGGAGAGAAGGCGUCUGCAGCGGACCGAGACUUUGGCGUGCCGAUAUUGUCUGAUCCACAACAUCAAAAAAAGGAAAUGCUAUAUCUCCACAUUUUAUGGAAAUGAAAGGGAAAAAAUGUGAAAGAAUUUCUUUGUUUUUCUUACACUUUUUUUUUAUGGCCUUGCGACCAUUAUCCCUUCCCCUUCCCUGGCACGAUUAAAAAAAAAAUACCCAAGGACUCCGGUUCUCCGCAGAUGAUUCUUCUCUAUUUGCGCUGCUUGUGAAUGAAAUGAAACUCUUUGUAUUCCAAAUUUCAGUCGGUGUUUUUCAGGUUCUAUCUAUUCCCUUGGUUG